AUGCCGGACCCACCGUUCUUCUUCUCGUACGCCGUGGACCUUUGCCACCUCUCCGCCCGAAAAGGAUGGGAAGCACAGGCUCUGGUGACACUGGCGAAGGCAAAGCUGGUGGUCUGCGAAGAGGGCGAGAUCAACCACACCAUCGUCAAGGUGACCCAGCUUGCAGCCGAGCGCGUUGCUCAAAUGCGACCACACCAUCGAGUCUUGAUGGCGGAGGCACUUCUGACGAUGUCCUUGGCGCUCAUUCGCUCGGACGGCCUUCGCAGCGCUCUGCAAGCUGCAAAGGAUGCGCAGAUCUUCUUCAACAAAGCCGGUCAGGCCGCGCAAGCCGCGCGGGCGCAGCUUGCGCUUGCGGAGGCCGAGGUCGGGCUGGGUCGUGCUGCGGAAGGAAAGGAAGACGCCGAAGAGGCUGCAAAGGUCCUCAAAGAAAUUGAAGACUUCAAUGGCCAAGAUCGCGCCCUCGACAUCCUCGAUGCUGCUCACCAGGCCCUGGGGCUUCCGACCAGGGCCGAGAUCGCAGCCGAGGAGCAGAGGAAGCGGCAGGAAAAGCUCCGCCUCCAGCAGCAGCAAUGGGCCCUACAGUACUAUCAGCAGCAGCAGCUUCAGGGUGGAGGUGGUGCAGCCCCACCAAUGCCACAGAUGAUGCCUAGCAUGGAGAUGCAAGCGCCGAAGGCUGGCUCCGUGGAGAAGGCGCCUUUGGAGCGGGAGAGCAACCCCUUGUUGCUCAAGGCAGGCAUGGACACAGGGACAAUCAAGAGCAAGGUCAGCCAGAUCGCGACGGCAAUCAUGGGCGGUGACGAGGAGUUUGAAGCCGACACGCCCCUCAUGGAGGCCGGGCUCACCUCGAACACAGCCGUGCUUCUGCGGGAUGAGCUAACCAAGGACUUGCUCGGGGCUCAGAGAUAG